CAUAAAAUACCUCAUUUGCACUUAGUACUUACAAUAUGGAACUACUGCUCACUGUGAUUUGCGGUGUGAUCACUUUGAUCUCGCUGGUAUUAUUUUUCGUUUGGAAUCGAUUACGCUAUUGGAAACUACGUCAAAUACCUCACGAUGAACCGCUUAUGUUUCUUGGCAACAUGAGGCCAAAUACCCAUCAAUCUACACCAAUGAAUCAGCUCUAUAAGAAGUACAAGGGAACUGGACCGUUUUGUGGACUUUAUUUCUUUAUGACACCAGCUGUAUUGACACUCGAUUUGGAUUUAGUGAAAAAAGUGUUGAUUAAAGAUUUCACCAAUUUUAGUGAUCGUGGAUUUUUCUCGAAUCAAGUUGAUGAUCCACUUAGUGCGCAUCUAUUGACUUUGGAUGGAAAAGGUUGGAGAUUGUUGAGGAAUAAGCUUUCGCCGACUUUUACAUCAAAACAGAUGAAAUUUAUGUUUCCAUCGGUGGUUGAAGUUGGUCAUCGUUUUGUCAAGACUUUGAGUGAGAUUAUUGGUGAACAAAACAGUGAAUUAAUAGAAAUCAAAGAUCUGAAUGCAAGAUUUACCACCGAUGUUAUUGGAUCGUGUGCAUUUGGUCUUGAGUGUAAUAGUUUGACAGAUCCAAAUGCUGAAUUCCGAAAGUAUGGUCGUUUAAUUUUUGAAGAACAAAAUCAUCAUGCGUUGAUUUUGGGUUUUAUGCAGAGUUCUCCCAAACUAGCCCGAUUGUUAAGAAUGAGAAUGACUCGUCGUGAUGUUGAGAAGUUUUUUAUGGAAGCUGUCCGGGGUACUGUGGAAUAUCGAGAGAAGAACAAUAUUCGGAAGAAUGAUUUCAUGAGUUUGCUGAUCGAUUUGAAGAAUAAUAAGCCCAUUUAUAGUGAAGAUGGAAAACAAGUUGAUACAUCGGGUUUGACAAUGGAAGAACUUGCAGCUCAGGCGUUCCUCUUUUGGGUGGCUGGUUUUGAGACAUCUUCAUCGACAAUGACCUAUGCAAUAUACGAACUUGCGCGAAACACUGAUAUUCAAGAUAAGUUGAGACAAUCGAUCAACGAGGUUCUAGAGAAACAUGAUGGUGAAUUGACUUAUGAGAGUCUCAAGGAAAUGCAUUAUUUCGAUCAAGUUUUUGAUGAAACUCUUCGUUUCUAUCCAAUUGUUCCGUUUCUACAACGCAUUGCAGCUUCUGAUUACUCUUCAACCAGUGAUCCAAAAUAUAAAAUCGAAAAAGGAUCUUUAAUAUUCAUUCCGGUUGAGGCGAUUCACUAUGAUCCGGAAAUUUAUCCAAAUCCUUGCACAUUCGAUCCGGAACGUUUUAGUUCUGAAGAGAAAGCUAAACGAGAUACUGUUGCUUAUUUGCCAUUUGGUGAAGGACCUCGAAAUUGUGUUGGAUUGAGAUUUGGAAAAAUGCAAGCAAUAAUUGGUUUGGUUUCAUUGAUCAGAAACUUUAAAUUUAGCUGGUGUGAGGAAACACCGACGAAGUUGCAAUAUGAUCCAGCACAGAUUUUAUUGGCCACUCGUCAUGGAAUUCAUUUGAAAGUUGAAAAGGUUUAAAAAGAAGAUUUGAGAAAUGCUGUAAAAUAAAUGAAUGAAAAUGGCAUA